GAGACUGCGAGCAGGGUCGUUCGAGUCCCGGGACCUGACUGUAUGUGAAUUUCAACUCUUUUAUCUCCUUUCAGAAAUUGAUGGGAUUUUUUUUGUUUAGAUGCACAUUUUAUUUAGGGGGGAAAAGACUUUUUGCUGGGCCAUCAAAUGGUGAUCCAGCUCAAACCCUUCAUCCUUCCCAACUUAAAUAAGGAGGACUUUUGAGGAUCAGAGUGGAGCUCAUCUGGAGUGCAGACUUUUUGGAGAGAGCGACUGUUAUCUCGGCGCUAUGAUGUGUCAAGGGACAGGACCACGGGGCUGAGAGGAGAUUUCAACGGGACUUGAGCCUUUAUUUGUUUGCUAACGUUUGGCUGAUUGAACGCUCCAAGAGCUUGUGAGCCAAGACUAUCUCUUGCAGAAGAGGAAGGGGAUACCUUCAGCAGGGACAUUGUGAAUAUCCCAGACCUCAAUAUGAAAGCCCCUCAGAGGAGCCCUGGCAGGGCAGAACAGAUGCUAGGAGCCAUGGCAGAUAUGUUGACAUCUUUUGCUUUACCCAACCAGCAGUGGCUAUCAGAUCCGUGCGAAGUAACAGCAGAGCUGAUGGAACGUGAGACCCCCAGUCAUGAGGGAACACAGACAGAGAGCAGAGAGACCAAGAAUGAACCAGGAGACCCCGAGACUGACUGGGUCACACCAGAUGCUGCUGCUGCCCAGCGCCCACCUGGGGCUUCAAAUCUAACAAGUGCUGCUAUUCUUUCUGACUCGGUUCCGACAGAAUGUUCUUUCCCAUCCGGUGAAGAAUCGUACUCGGUGACAGGAAGUGAUGGCAGCAUUUCCACCUCAGUGGCUUCGAUCCAGCCACAGCCUUCUACCAGUUCGGCUCCCAGCUCGCCGAGCUCCAAGCGAUCGGUAAGCACCUUGAAGAAAUGGCUGACCAGCCCGGUGCGCAAGCUCAGCAGUGGCAAGAUCGAUCGGCAGGUGAAGAAGCUGGAAAGCAAACCCAAGAAGGCGGAACAAAGGAAGAGUGUCGAUGAGCGGCGCAGGAGCAUUGAUCUGGGAAUAGUCAACAAAGGGAGUGAAGCUCAAGACGUGAAGGGCUGGAAGGAUGGAUCACUGAGCCGCAGAUUAUCCCGAGAUGAACAAACGGCAGCUGUGAUUCCGGAGUCAUCGACAGCACUUAUUGACAACCCGAAGAAGGAGAUGGAAGAACAGGAUACUGCAGUGCAGAGUCCCAUCACCUUCGCUGUUCAGGAUGGUGCCACGGGAUCAUUGGCUCACCCUCCAAAUGGAUUGCCACAGCCAACAGUCACAUCAGUAGACACUGAGGAAGAAAAGAAGAGUGCCUUAGAAAAGAGUAUGUACGUACUACAAGAACUUGUAGAAACGGAAAAAUUAUAUGUGACCGACUUGGGUUUUAUAGUGGAGGGCUACAUUGCAACGAUGAAUGAAAAAGGAGUCCCUGAAGACAUGAAGGGGAAAGAUAAAAUAGUAUUUGGGAACAUUCACCAGAUCUACGAAUGGCACAAGAACUAUUUCUUAGCAGAGCUGGAGAAAUGCCUGGAGGAGCCAGAGAGACUAGCCGAGCUCUUCAUAAAACAUGAAAGACGGUUACACAUGUACGUGGUUUAUUGCCAGAAUAAACCUAAAUCAGAGCAUAUCGUCUCCGAGUACAUCGAUACCUACUUUGAAGAGCUGAAGCAACAACUAGGCCACAGGCUUCAGCUGAAUGACUUACUUAUCAAACCCGUUCAGAGAAUCAUGAAGUACCAGCUUCUGUUGAAGGAUUUCCUGAAGUAUUUGAAGAAGGCUGAGCGGGACACCACUCUGUUGGAGCAAGCUGUGGAGGUGAUGUGCUUUGUGCCGCGACGGUGUAACGAUAUGAUGAACGUAGGACGCUUACAGGGCUUUGAGGGCAAAAUAACAGCUCAGGGAAAACUCCUUCAGCAGGAUACCUUCCAUGUGAUCGAACAAGAUGCUGGCUUCCUGUCACGCAGUAAAGAGCGGCGUGUUUUCCUCUUUGAACAGAUAGUAAUCUUCAGUGAGCCACUGGAUAAAAAGAAGGGCUUCUCACUGCCAGGUUAUCUCUUCAAGAACAGUAUUAAGGUUAGCUGCCUGGGUCUUGAAGAAACCGUGGACAAUGACUCUUGUAAAUUUGCCUUGACCUCACGUGGGACAGACAGGAACAUGGUGCGAUAUGUCCUACAAGCCACUAUUCCUGAAAUCCGGCAGGCCUGGGUUUCAAACGUUAGUCAGAUCCUGGAAACGCAACGUAACUUUUUGAAUGCUCUGCAAUCUCCGAUUGAAUAUCAACGGAGGGAAAACAAAUCCAACAGCUUGGGAAGACCCCGCGACGCCAGGACGGCACUGUCCAUCUCAGCUGGCAUGAGGCCCCAUUCUUCUGCAUCCAUGGACAGGAACCAGUUUCCCUCGAUGAAGGCCUACAACACCUCACUGCCAACAUUGUUUCUCCCACCUUGCAGGACUGGCAGUGCCACCCUGGAAACAAAUAAGCUGCCAGGUCAGGGGAAGGAUAGCCAAGAUGGAAAUUCUACCAACGUUGAUGUCCCCGGCCACAAGCAUAGGAGCCAAGACAAGCUGGACAAGAGCAAGCAAUAAAGUUGUUGCUUGGUUUUUCUUUUCUGUUUGCUUAAAGGAAGUUAGGCUCAGGAGCGUACACACUGAGGGUCAGCUCCCCAUUUUUAAUUCUUCACCCACGAACCAAUUCGCUAAAGGUUUGGCGAGCUUUGGCACAUUGCAUCAACUGUGCACCCUCAGCCAAGUUGUGCUCCGGGACCCUCAUUAAACAUAACAACCAACUCUGAAUCACAGAAAAUCAAGGGUAUCGUGCUGCCAACGUCAUGUCACCAGGGUACAAGUUUUCCUUAUGGCUUGUGUGGAGGUCUUCAGUUGUUCUGAAUCAAUGCGUGUCCCCCUGUUUAAACACCCGACCUCUGGCAAGGUCCUUCUUUACAGGGAAAGUCUGAGGUUUUGAAAGGGCGUUCUGCUGGGGGAUUUCAAUUCAGUCAAAGGAUUGAAAAUCACUUGCAUUCUGUAAUGCUGAAAUGGACCAUCCUGAUCAAGAAGGAGCCUUUCAUGCUAUUUUCAAAAUAGCAACUGAGUCACAAUUGGCAACGCUCCAAGCAAUGGCCAGGUCCAACAAGUGAAUUAAACCAAAAUGCUUUAUCUCAUUAAUUGCCCUGUGCCUUCACCAUCAACAUGAAACAAUGUAUUCACCACUGUUGCAUUGUCAUUGAACAACUGUCGUGGUGGAGCUCUCAAUCCAUUCACAAAAUAUCUGACAUCUCACUUCAUCACUCUGCACCGGUGAUAUCACAAUGUCAGGAAGAUUUGUGCCCAGUUUGAUAGUUCCCUGGCAGAUUGCGCAAUGCUUUCGGCUUUUGGAAUUGAUAUCUGAGGCAUUAAAAUGAGGCCUCUGGCACAAACAGGGACAAACGCCAAGAGCAAGAAAAGCCUUUUACACAAAACACACGGCAACCAUGCCCAGCCUUUUAAAGCAAAGACAGUUGUGUCAGCUUUGAGCAACUGGGGCAAAGGAAAGAUGAGGCAAUGGUUGGUAGAAGACCCAAGCAUGAAGCAGCACCUCAAAUCAUCAGAAUGGAAGGCACUUGCACGAAAGGGGUGACAGCUACUUUGCCAGUGAAGACACCCGAUCAUAUCCAGUACUUGCCUGCAUGAAAAUGGUUGGCUGUCUUUUUUAGACAAGUACCUAUUGACUCUCCUUGUGGUCUAAGCUUUGUAUAUGAAGACCAUUUUCAACCUUUUGGAUCCUCUCUGGUUUGAAUUUGUAAACAUUUCUAAUCUUGCUGCUGUACUUUUUAUUUUCCCAGAUCCUAAAUCGUUCCUUUUGUUUGAAAUUUGCAUUUGGGCGUUCCGUUCCUCACUCCAUGGUGUGUCUCUAAACCCACCACUUUGCGUUAGUUGUCAGGGAAGUGGUCUGUACCUUUUAUUUUCCCAGAUUCUAAGUCUUCCUCACGGCCUUCUGCUACUCCGCAGUCUGCUCAUUUCAUGUUGAUUCACCUGAAUGUCUCCUUCCUGUGCUAACCAAGCUUGCAGGUUCUGUGCUCCUUCACCAUGUUGCUGCUGUCAAAUUGGUACUCGUUCCUGGCCAAGGUAACAAAACUAAAGCACCAAUAUCAGUAGCUGGCUGAAGGUGGGAACUCAGCAAAUAGGAAGUUUUUGAAGACAACAUCGAAAUCACAAGAAACAGAUGCUGGAAUGUUUUUGAGCAUUGUUGAGGCCUUGUAGUUAAUGUUUAGAUGCUACACUCCAAAUCUGAACUGGUACAAUUUGAUGUUACUGUUUUAGCCCUUGGCACAUGGUCAAAAGCAUAAUCCUGCAAUCGUUCUGAUGGUAAGGAUCAGGGAUCCAUCUCUUCCCUUGACUGGACUGAGGGAAUUUCAUAGCUGCUCCCUUUUUUUCUUUCCCCCCCAUGAGAUGCGGCUAACUCAGUAUUUAUUGCCCAAAGGAGCUAUUAAGAGUGAACCACAUGGGCUGUGGGUCUGGAGUCACAGACCAGGUAAGGAUGGUAGAUUUCCUUCCCUAAAAGAUGUGAUUGAACCAGACAGGGUUUUUCCAACAAUCAACAAUGGUGUCACGGUCACCAGUAAUGACGGCAACUUUCUUUCCCGCAUUUAUUAGCUGAACUUAAAUUAACCCAACAGGAUUUGAACCCAUGACCUGAGACACGGCUGUGGGUUUGGAGUCACAUGUAGGCCGAGACCAGGGUAAGGAUGGCAAAGUUCCCUCCCUAAAGGGCAGUAGUGAACCAGAGGGGUUUUUAUAACAAAUUGAUAGUCAUCAUUUGACUUUCAAUUCCAGAUAUUUAUUGAAUUUAUAUUUCCCCAUCUGCCAUGAUGGGACUUGAACCAUGGAUUCCUAGUCCAGUGACAUCACCAUUAGCACCACCUCCCCUUUAUAAGAACUGAGUUACAUGUUUUGUCAAAGGAUUUAGAUGUAACCAAUUUACAGUCACCAGCAUCUGGGAUGAGAGUGCUUUAAUCCCGAGUAUCAUACAAUGUGUGAAAUGUUUGCACUUUACGAUGUAAUCAGUGGCUAUUUGAGAACAAGCUUCGAGUUUCUUUACCCUUUUCAGCCAAGUUUCAGUGCUUAGAAAAUACCCAUGGGAUAUGCAAAUUGAACAGCCUAAAUUAAAAUUUAAAAAGGAUGUUGCGCUCCUGGUUCUGUUACCACUGAUUUCAGCCCUGAUCUCCUCAUUUUGUGAACGCUGCUUUGUGGUAAAUUGCAUGCCAUUCCACAGCUGCUGAAAUGCCUGUUAUCACACUCGAGGAUUCAUUUGCCAUCUGCAGCAGAGAGUGUGGGCUAUUCAAUCACUGAGACCAUUGGCAAUCGCAUUCUCACCCAGCACAGAAAUCACUGAAUUCCGAACAGGAAUAAGAUCUGUGAUUAAUGUUUUGGCCUUUGUGCAUCACUGCUGAAAUCACAUGUAACAUGACCAGCCACCAGUCUGAAGAUCAGUGUGGGUUGUCAAUUUGCAAUCUGAAUGGUGUACUCGAUCUCCUGAGUUUUGUUUUAAAAUCUACUCAUUCAUGAGAUGUGGGCAUCACUGUCUGGGCCCAGCAUUUAUUGCCCAUCUCUAGUUACCCCUUGAGAAGGUGGGGGUGAGCUGCCUCCUUGAACCGCUGCAGUCCAUAGGCUGUGGGUAGACCCACAAUGCCCUGGGUAAAGGUAAAGUGGAGCUCAAUGGAAAUUGUUACUAAAAACUGUUGAACCAUUCAGGGAACUGGGACAUUUUCUUUCAUUUGCAAGAAGCAUGCUGUCAAACAUGAGUGCUUAGUGACAAGAACUCCAUGCAUUGUUUUUGUGUCAAAGAAAAUCUGAAGAAGGGUCCCAACCCGAAACGUCAGCUUUCCUGCUCCUCUGAUGCUGCCUAGCCUGCUAUGUUCCUGCAGCUGCACACAGUUAUCUCUUUGAAAAAAACUUCAUUAGACUAUUGCACAUUUAACAGCAGAGGUCCCAAAUGUUGAAUUUCCAGACUUAAUUUGAAUUAGGCAGCAAAAGAUGUUCAAUUUCACAGGUUCUACUGUAAAUUUUCACAAAUAGCAGUUUCCACUUUUGCCCCUAUCCAGAAGCUGACUCCCCACUAGGGCAGGACCCAGCUCUUUUUCUAAUACCGAGAAGUGUUAUCACACAUAACUUAGUGACCUUCCCACCACCAAAAUCACCGUGACAUUUUUGAAAAAUGUUUAUUUUAAACUAAUAACCGCUGCUAGUUAAAAAACACCUGCAUAGCCAAUGAAGUAUUUACAAGCAAAGCCCAUUACGGGUAGUGCACAUCAUCAAAAGUGAUGGGGAGGUAAAGAGAGGGAAGGGACUAAAUCAAAAUGGAAAUGAACGGGGAAAUAAAACACUCUACAUGCCUCCACAGUGCCCACCUCUCUGUAAAAGCAUUGUGAGCAUAGAACCCAGCUCUUAAUACAAAAACCAAUGACAUCAUCUACUCUCAAUCAAUUCUAGUGAUGUUCUAAUUUACCCUUAGAAAGACCUGUAAUUCCAACACUUACCAGCCAGGACUAUCUCACCAUUUUGUCCCACAUUCCAGGAUCAAGCUCUUUUUAAAUCAUCACCAAAAGUACCCAUCCCCCGAUAUCAAUCCCGUGUGUAAUCACAGUAGCUGAGAAUCCUAAUAUGUCUCUGAUGUUUGUAGGUUCCUUCCCCUCUCCUCACACAGUCAACAGGACAGUUUGCCAUCUCUGCACCAACUCCAAUUUGAUACUGUUUCAAAAAUAAAAGGCACAGGACAUCAUUGAAGUGUAGUCCUCAAUAACUUGAUGGAAAGUGCAUGGCUUGCCUUACAAACAGGAGGACAUUCAGCCCCCUCAGGCCUGCUCCAGCAUGGCUGAUCUGUACCUCAUUCCCAUGUGAGAGCAUGGUAAAAAGAAAAACUCCUUGUGCUUUUUAUCUGCCUUAGCUCCAAUUUGGAGGAAUGUUGCUUCCUCAACUCCUUGAUAUUAAGGUUAUGACUCCUCACUAGAGGAGAAACCUUCUCUGUAUCCAAGCCAUGGUUAAGUAAUCUGCAAUGUAACCCUCCAACCCUCAGUAUCACAAGCUUUGGAUCCAUUCUGUUUGGGUCCUCUGCAAAGACCCUGAGUUCCUCAUUAUUUCUACUUGUUAUUGCACUGCACUGAAACAUACAGAACAUGUUGGACCUAAGUUCCAAUCAUUGGAUUUGUUUAUUCGACUGGCUUCAAUUGAAGUGACACUGCUGCCCCCACCUGGCUGUUGUGAAGUUUACAUUUACCGAGAGUUCAUGGAUGGAUAAUGUCAGGGGUGAAGGCAUUCAGUGGAUAUGGCACCAUACCCAAAGACCAAUCAUGACCUGCAAAAACACAAGUAAAUUACAUGAGGAAUUUCAAAUUCGGGAAAGAGAAUACUGACCACAUUGUACUAUUAAAUGCGAUUGCAGCACAUCUUCUAAUUUCCAGCAUGCUCCCCUUUUCUCACAUCAGUUCUUCGGGUGUUGCAGUCCCAGUUUAAUCCACAGGGCCCUCAGCACUGUCACUUAUGCCCAUUAGGAAGCAGAAUUGGUUCUUGACAAGUUCCCACACAUGGGUGCAAUGUGACUGUUGAGAGAGGCCUAUUCUCAUCAGGAAAAAGGUGCAAAGGUUGAUUCCAUCUCAAGUCAGUUUAAGACAGAACAAUAUCAGUGACUGUCACAACCCUUCAUCAGGAAGGGUUGCCCUCACUCCCUUCACCCUCCUAGCAUAAGGCAAGUGUUUGAAAAAUUGAAUAGGGAAAAUAAAAGGGGAUCGUGUCACGAGUGUUUGAUUCUCAAUCCUGAUAUAUCUUUCCUCAGUUUGUCAUUUCCAGAGCCCUUUGCUAAAAUGUGGCCCCCCCACUGCUGAGCAUUUUCUAUGUAUCAUACUCCUGUAUAUGCAUGUUUUAAUAAAUAUUGUCUUUUAAAGAAAUGUUGAGAUGGAGAACAAUGCUGUUGUAUCAUAUAUCAGAUUAAAAUUGAAAAUCUUUUAAAAAAAUUUA